CUACUUCAGUAGCUGUAGGCGGACUUCGCUUGUUCUCCAUAAAAGCGUAGAAGAAGAAGCAGCAGAUUCGAUACCAGAGAGGAAGAAGAAGCAGCAGCUUUACCUCGUCCUCCAAAAGACAUAAAAUGGCUUUGAGGGCUUGUUUGAGGGGAAAAAGAGGCUUAACAGCCGUUUUCUCCCAGCUGUCCUCCUGCAGUCAUGGCAGAGUGUCUCCUGUCCUCGUCGCUCAGCAGAGGAACAACUCCACCUCACAGAAGGUCCAGGUGGAUUUUGACCAAAGCACAGGCGUGGCAGUGCUGCGGAUGCAGAAUCCUCCGGUCAACAGCCUCAGUUUAGAGUUCCUCACAGAGAUCUGCAUCAAUUUGGAGAAGCUGGAGAUGGAUAAGAGCUGCAGAGGCCUCAUCGUCACCUCGAAUCGCCCUAAGGUGUUCUCAGCCGGGCUGGAUAUCUUUGAGAUGUACGGGAAAACUCCAGAGCGCUGUGCAGAGUUCUGGAAGGCCGUGCAGGAGAUGUGGCUGAAACUCUACGGCUCCAGCAUGGCCACUAUAGCAGCGAUCAAUGGUUCCAGUCCUGCAGGCGGCUGUCUGAUGUGUAUGACCUGUGACUACAGGAUAAUGGCGGAUAAUCCUCGUUACACUAUCGGCCUUAAUGAGACGCUGCUCGGGAUUGUAGCGCCUUUUUGGUUUAAGGACACUAUGACGAACACACUCGGCCACCGGACCACAGAGUUAGCCCUGCAGCUGGGCUCGCUCUACAGCCCUGCAGAGGCUCUGAAGAUAGGACUGGUGGACCAGGUGGUCCCUGAAGACCAGGUCCUCACCACAGCCACAGAGGCCAUGAGCAAGUGGCUGGCUAUUCCAGAUCACGCCAGACAGAUCACUAAGUCCAUGAUGAGGAAGUCGACCAUCGACAGGCUAACGGCCAACAGAGAAUCCGACAUCAAAAACUUUGUGGGCUUCGUCACCAAAGCCUCCGUUCAGAAGUCGCUGGGCAUGUAUCUGGAGAUGCUUAAAAACAGGAAGGCCUAAAUCAGAGAGGCAGAAGGAAAAGGACUCUGACACGAGCUGAAAACGCAUCAAAGUUCAGAGUUCUGAAUUAAUCACUGCUCAUCCUGAUAACUAUGUUGAUGAGUCUAAUAAAAAGUCCCUCAAACUGGAGCUCCAGAGAAAUCUAAAGAUUCACACAGCUGUCAUGUCUAAUUGCUGAGCUAAUGAUUGGAUAAUUGCUGUUUGGGGGUGGGGCCUAGCAAAUAGUUUGUCAUGACGAAAUCAGCUUCACAAGUGCCCGUUUUUACUGUAAAUUCAGGAACCGUGACAGCUAUUGUAACCUUUGGUGCUUCUGAACAGCUCACAGUGGCAGAGCCUUGGUCUUCUCUUUAACACAUCUGUCUGCAUCACGUGUUCUUUUUACUGUGACAUUUCUGAAAUCAAUCAGUGGGUCCAUUUAUUCACUGGAUUAAACGGUGUGAAUAAAGAAGCUUAUUCUCA